CUCCCGGCGUCCCUCUGUGCAAGCCAACCAUCACCACCGCGCGCGUCGUGCCGUUCUCACACAACACCCCCGAGAACUUAGCCGGCCUGCCCCAGUGCACGUCGCACCACCUGCAGCGGCGAAGGAAAUGGCCCCUGCCAAUUGCCAGCAGCAGCAGCAGGCGCCGCCGCAGCAGGUGCGAGCGGUGGAUGGCCGCAAGGUGGUGGACGAGGUGUCCGGCUGGCUGCGCGUGUUCGACGACGGCAGCGUCGACCGCACCUGGACCGGCCCGCCCGAGGCCCUCCCGCUGAUGGAGCCCGUGGCUCCGUACGCCGCGCCCCGCGACGGGCACACGCUGCACGACCUCCCCGGGGAGCCCAACCUGCGCGUGUACCUCCCGGAGGUGGCCAAGGGCUCCGAGGACGGCGGCGGCGCUCGCCGCCUGCCCGUCAUCCUGCAGCUCCACGGCGGCGGCUUCUGCAUCUCCCACCCGUCCUGGCUCAUGUACCACCACUUCUACGCGCGCCUCGCGUGCGUGGUGCCCGCCGUAGUGGUCGCCGUCGAGCUCCCGCUCGCGCCCGAGCGGCGCAUGCCCGCGCACAUCGACGCGGGCGUCGCCGCGCUACGCAGGCUCCGCUCCAUCGUGCUGUCCGAGGACGGCAGCGCCCUCGACGACCCGGCGGCCGCGCUCCUCCGCGAGGCGGCCGACGUGUCCCGGGUGUUCCUCAUCGGGGACAGCUCCGGCGGCAACCUCGUCCACCUCGUCGCCGCCGAGGUGGGCCGGGGCGACGCGGCCGACUGGGCGCCCCUCCGUGUCACCGGCGGCAUCCCGAUCCACCCCGGGUUCGUGCGCGCCGCGCGGAGCCGGUCGGAGCUGGAGGCGAAGGCGGACUCGGUGUUCUUCACGCUGGACAUGCUGGACAAAUUCCUCGCCUACGCGCUGCCGGAGGGCGCGACCAAGGACCACCCGUUCACGUGCCCCAUGGGCUCGCAGGCGCCGCCGCUGGAGUCCGUGCCGCUGCCGCCGCUGCUGGUGUCCGUGGCCGAGAACGACCUCAUCCGCGACACCAACCUCGAGUACUGCGACGCGCUGCGCGCCGCCGGCAAGGAGGUGGAGGUGCUCAUCAACCGAGGCAUGAGCCACUCCUUCUACCUCAACAAGUACGCCGUCGACAUGGACCCCGUCACCGGGGAGCGGGCGCGGGAGCUCAUCGACGCCAUCAAGAGCUUCAUCUCCCGCCACUGAAGUGCAAGACGAACAAGCUAUAUUCCGCACGUGUCCAUAUUGCUCGUCUAUUUGUGAUGUUCGCGCCAUUCCACCGCUCAGGUGUCAGCUGUUAGGUCGACGUCGACAUACUACGUGUUGCUUUAUUUCGGCUUGGAUGUGAUGUCCACUUAAAUAAUGAUUUGCAGUAAACACCUAAAAUCAUUAAUUGGAGUAAACACUUAAAUAAUGAUUUGCAGUAAA